CACGCUUGCCUCGCGCCGUCGCGGGGCUUGUCGCGGGACCGGGGCGCUCCUCUCUCCACUCCGGCCGCCUCGUGCCCCCUCGCUGCCGGUCCGAGCUUCCGGAUGGAUUCGCUGAGGAGAUCCGCGCUUUUGCUGCUCGUCCUCCGCGCGGCCGCCGUCAGCCGCAGCGGCGCCGAGCCGUUGCUGGACGUCGCCGUGGACCGGUUCGAUCUACCGCGACAUUGUCCCCGGGACGUGGAGACGGGGGACUUCGUCCGAUAUCACUUCAACGGCACUUUCUUCGCGGACGGACAGAAGUUUGACUCCAGUCAUGACCGAGGCAAAGCUUUCGUCAGCCAGGUCGGCCUGGGCAGCCUCAUCGCGGGGAUGGACCGCGGCCUCCGGGGCAUGUGCGUCAACGAGCGCAGGAGGAUCACGGUCCCCCCGCACUUGGCCUUCGGAAGCGUCGGAACAGGUGGCGUAAUCCCCGCUGACGCCGUGCUGGUCUAUGACGUUCUCCUGCUGGACAUAUGGAACACCGAGGACAAGGUCGAGAUCCGCACACUGUACAAACCCAAGAGCUGCAAACGCACCACCGCCGCGUCGGAUUUUGUCCGCUACCACUACAACGGCACCCUGCUGUCCGGCGUGGCCUUCGACUCCAGUUACUCGAGGAAUACGACCUAUGACACCUACCUGGGACAGGGCGACCUCAUCAAAGGGAUGGACGAGGGUCUCCUGGGCAUGUGUGUCGGCGAGAGACGGACCGUCUUCGUCCCGCCCUUCCUGGCGUACGGAGAGGAAGGCCAUGGAACUCUGGUGCCUCCGCAGGCCACGCUGGUGUUUGAGGUGCUGCUGAUCGACGUGUUCAACCCCAAAGACGAUCUGAUCGUGGUGGUGAAGGAGGCGCCCGAAGGCUGCGCGCGCAGGACGGCGACCGGCGACUACAUCCGCUACCACUACAACGGAACCUUCCAGGACGGCACGGCCUUCGACUCGAGCUACCAGCGGAACAGCACGUACAACACGUACGUCGGGAUGGGAUACGUGAUCCGAGGGAUGGACAAGGCACUGCAGGGGCUGUGCAUGGGCGAGAAGAGGAGGAUAACGGUCCCGCCUCACCUGGCGUAUGGUGAAGACGGCGUUGGAGAACUCAUUCCCGGCUCCGCUGUGCUGGUCUUUGACAUCCACGUCAUCGAUUUCCACAACCCCAAGGACCCGGUGGAGAUUAAAGUCACCCACAAGCCUCAGGACUGCAAAGUGACGAGCGAGGCCGACGACCUGAUUCAGUAUCGCUACAACUGCUCCCUGAUGGACGGCACCCUGCUGUACUCCUCGGAACAGUUCGACUCGCCCUCCACCACGACGCUGGGAGCGGACCAGGUGAUCCUCGGUCUGGAGAGGGGUUUAGGCGGCAUGUGCGCGGGGGAGAGGAGGGAGGUGGUCGUUCCUCCCCACUGGGGGCACGGUGAAGACGGAGCCGGAGGAGUCCCCGGGAGCGCCGUGCUCUUCUUUGAGCUGGAGUUGGUGCAGCUGCAGAAGGGAGUGCCCGAGGGCUACAUGUUCGUGUGGCUCGGAGACGGACCCGACCCCCUCUUUCCUGCCAUGGACCUCAAUGGGGACAAAGAGGUCCCUCUAGAGGAGUUUUCGUCCUUCAUCAUGAUCCAAGUUAAAGAGGGCAACGGGCGGCUCCGGCCGGGGGUGGACGCCGACAGCAUCAUCAGGGACAUGUUCAACAACCAGGACCGCAACGCAGACGGCAAGAUCGUGGAAGAUGAGCUGGAGCAGCAGGAGGACGAAGAAGUGAGACGAGAUGAGCUUUAAGGGGCGACGGAGAGUCGGGUCAGUGGCGGCGAGAGACGGGGCCCGCCUGCACUGGCUGAGGUCAUUCUGUCGUCUUAGCAACUUUGUCGGCGCCGCCAUUUUGAGAAUGUUUCAGAUGUUGAAACGCUUUGAUUUAAAGUUAGUUUGCCUUCGUAGAUCCCAUUAAAAUAUAUAAAUGAUACCUCACACCUACUGCAGUAGAACCAAGCUGACGGCACCAGAAAAUAUCUGUAUGAAAAAAUAUCUAUCUUUAUUUAUAUAUAUAUUGGUUGUGUGCAGGAAACAAGUGUUUGAAAAUGUGAAAAAUAUGAAUAACACUGAGGAAACACAAUUAAGGCCUAACUUAAAAACGACUUUAAAAACCUUUGGGCGGGGCCCAUGUUCCAGUAUGUACCAUUCUGUAUGAAUUUGCCAGAUGGUGACAAUGUUGUGCCUCACACUAACACAGACUUAUAUUUGUUUUUUUAAUUUCAAUGAUAGGACUAUUAAUGAUAUCACAUUCCACAAGGAUAUGGUAUAGCAAACAAGUGGUAAGAAGUAAUUAAUGGGGUUUCCUAGGGCAUGCUCCCUCUGAGAAAAGACAGAAGGAUAAAGCCACUAAAUAGAGAUAUCAAAAGAGAUGUUGAAUGUGUGUGUGUGACUAAAGAAAGGUAGAAUAACUAAAAAACAAACAUUAAAUGACUUAAGAGACGUUUAGCACCUAAAAAAGAAGUAAAAACUAAUAAAACAAGAUGUAAAAUAACUAAAACAUGACAUGAAAAAUGGCUGAAGUUAAGUUAAACCAACUUCCAAAGAAGGAAAGAAACAUAAAACUACAAAAUGGAGAUAUUAAAUGAAUAAGGGAAGAUGUUCAAUGAAUAAAAAGAAACAAAGCAAGUAAAAAGAGAUACACCCGUACUUUAAUGGCACGUAAAAUAACUAUAACGGGUGAAAACUACUAAAAGGAAAUGUAAAACUACCAUGAGUCAAUGUGUCGAGGGGCCAAAUAGCAGCUAUUUAUUAAUGAUAUUUCAUAUUGGAAUAUACAAAGUUGGUUAUGUGUUCCACUGAAUAAACAAUGUCACUGUUAAUAAAACUACGAAGUACUUGAACACUUUUUUGCUAAUUGAAGAAGUGUUAAAAAAAAAUUCGCCCUCAAAUCAUAUUUCUGGAGUAAACUGUCACAUGCUCAACAAAUGAAUCAGAAUCAUCCAUCAGUAUAUAAGGAUUACUCUUUUAAUUCCUUAGAUUAUCGUUGCACAAAGAUUUAAUAACUUUUAAAAACUCUUGCUCCACAUUGAAAACUAGACUGCAAUAAAUUUAUGUUCAGUGUAUUAAUAAGCCUUGAAUAUUGCAUUACAGAUAUGUUUCUUUGAAUCUUUUAUCUUUCUGGGAUGUUCAUCUAAAGCUCAGAUUUAAACCAUAUUAUGAAUGUUUGGUUUGGUUUAUGUGAUCCAGUUUAAUGAGGUGAAACCAAAGUUUCAACGUUAAUAAGAUUCAUCCUUCUCUUACUCUACCAGCUGCUCAGAGCGCAGGGAUGCUGCCGGUCAGUCAGGGUUGGAAAUGCUGAGAUAGUUUUUUUUUAGAACAACAUCAUUAAAUCAAGAGCAGCAGCGUAAUAUUUAAGAUUUUUGUGUUCAUUUUAAUGGCCAAAAUUUUAUUUGACAACACCAACAUGCUGUGUUGGGACGACACUCCGCCCGGACACUAGGUGUCCCCGUUAUCAUGAAAAGCCUCCUUCGUCCAGCAGUUCCCUCUCCCCAUGUGACCAGUGUUGUUUCCCGUUGUUGCAUUUUGUCCGAUGUCGAACCGUAAUGAUUCUAGGUCAAAUUUCUCUAUUUGUAAAUAAAUCACUCAUGUUUUUUUUGUGAGCUA